AUGGCUACCUUCACGUACGAUACCACCUCCCCUGGACCUGCCGACGGUUCUCCCUCGCCUCAGCUGCACACAGUGCACCUCCUGGAAGCAUGCACUUCUGAUCCUCGGUCAGACGAAGAGCCCCAGCACCUCCAUCCAAUGCCCAUGCCCAUGCUCGUCUUCCCUGCGUCCGGUGACCUCUUUAAGGAUGCAGCAAGUGAGGAGUUUGCUGGUUUUUCUGCCCUGCCAUCCACCGUCUCUGGUCUCGAUGACAUUAACUGGGACGAAUGGAUCCUGUUCGACUCCUCCCCGGUCGAUGUUACCCCACCAUCACUCCAACUGUCGGAUUUUUCCGACGACCCCAUCGAGGAGGCUCACCCAAGCCAAAGUGACGUUGCCGAUGACCCACCCAAUCGACGAGAGCCAACCCCUCCCCUGGCCUCAGACAAUCGCGAAGGCAACACAUUAAAGGAGCCGUUGAAUUACUCCGAUAGUUCCAUCGAGGCCGACCCACGCCCGGGCGAGGAGCGCCACGUCCAAGUCCACCGAUCAGAGCAAGUUAUUGGUGUCCGGCCGUUGGGAAGGCGAUGCGUUGGGGGAGACGCUGGAUCAUCAGGAAUACAUUAUUUUGCCCCUUUCUCAGAAGACCCAAUCAUCAUCGACGAGCCAAUGAGUCCCAACCUGCUGAGCGACUCCGAUCCGUUUGUCGCCAUCCCAUCCCUUCAACGGAAUAUAGAGAAGGUUCCAGGAGGUUACAAGUGUUUGGAAGGGGCAAGCAAUACCUCAAAACUAGAACAAAACCACAACCAAGAUGACCUUGUUGCAUGGAGGCCCACCUGGCAACCACGGAGUGAUUUGAUCCCGGGCUGCGAGGAGUUGGUCCAAGAAUUCCAUGCGGAGUGGAAGGACAAACGGCCUUCACCGACUACUCUGACGGGCUACAGGCAUUUCAAGCAGAAAAGGAGAUCGCGCAGGGGCGGUGGACGCAAGAUUGUCACUGAUACUCGUUGGAAAUAUCCAAGGAGGCCCUGCGCCAAGAGGACGAAUACCAAAGUUCAGCAGAGUGCUUUCGGGGUGCGGUUUAUAUAUUUUCCUUAUGUUGGGGGGACCUACCGCGGCUCACACACACCAGCAUCCUUCGCUGGAGAGGCAAGCGCCUCUCGCGACCGCCACGAGGACGAAGAUGCGGUAGAGGAAGUGUAA